AUGGCUUAGAACCAAAUAGUAGGAGCAAUUAAAAUAAAGGAUGGAUUAUUUAUUGGGGAUGAAUUUGCAUCAUAGGUUUAGUAUUGAAUUUAAGAAAGGAUCGAGAAUUUAUAAAUACAAAUAAAGUAACUCAUAUUAUUAAUUGUGCUGGCACAGAGGUUCAAAAUAAAUGGACUUUGAUGGGUGCAAAGUAUUUAACUUUUAAUUGGUUGGAGUAAGAUAACGAAGUAUCAAUUACAAUUUUGAUUUUUAGGUGUUAUUUGAUGAACGAGGUGAAAAUGUAAAUAAAAUAUUUACAUUCAUUGAAGAAUGUUUUCAAUAAGGAGAGAGUUGCCUAGUACAUUCAGUUAGAGGAUAGAGUAGAGCAUGUUGUGUGCUUGCUGCUUAUUUUAUGAAAAAGUUCGUUAAAUAAUUUAAAUUUUUUAGAUAUUCGUGGACAUUAUAUAAAACAUUAGAAUUUUUGAAUUCCAGACGUCCAGAUCUAGAAAUCAGAGCAUCCUUUUUUUAUUAACUAAAUGCAUUGGAAAAUAAAAUGAAUAAAUUAGGACCAAAAAGAACUGCUUCAUGGAAUGAACUCACAACAGAUGAAUAAAAUCCUUAGCAUGUCUAAGAGGAAUUGAUCAUUAGAAAUACUUUUUUGAAUUCUCAUAAUGGUCCUGUUGAUGAAAUAUAUACGAAUUUAUAAGCUAAAUAGGUACUAAAUUCAAUAAUACUCAAAAGGGAGUUUUAGGAAAACCAACUAAUUAAAAGUUAAAAUGGAGAGAUCAGUUGAACAAAGAAAAUAUUCAAUUAGCAACUCUUGUUUACUCUGGAUCUCCUGAUUUCGUGCCUGUUUCUGAAGUCAACUUAAAACGUGAUUCUGAAACUUCAAUUUUAAAAGUAAAAUUAGAAUUUAAUUAGGGAGCAUAAAAAAACUAAUCUGUAAUCUAAUUGCCUAAACAACCCUAAAUCUAAACUAGCUUUCCAAAAAGCAAUUAAAACCCAACUCAAGGUAGAACUGAAAGUAGCAAAUCAUAAUAACAAGAUUAAUCUGAUAUUACAAAUAAAUCUAAUAUAACUUCUGCUAAUUUGACUAGCAACCCUUCAUUUUAAAACUUAUUGAUGCAAUGCACAGUAAAAAAUAGAACACCAUAACAAUAAUAAUAAUAAUAGACUAUAAUUGAGCAAAACAAUAAAAAAACCUAAUUGAUUAAUAAUUUUGUUAAGACUUCUGAUAAUCAAAUAUAAGAAUAGAAACCUUUAUUUGGAACUAUAUUAAAUAGUAGUAAUUAGGUCAUAUAAAACAGUUCUAAUGCAAUUAGAAGUAAUUCUUUGUAACAAAAUGAUGAAAAGAAACUAACAUCAGAUUCUUCCAAUUAAAAUAGACCAAACUCUUUGAAAUAAAAAGACAACUAGAAUUCCAUCCUAACUAACUUCUAGGAAUUUAAAAAUUAAGUCUAAUAAUCAUUAAAUUAUUUCAAUAAAUAAACAGAAACACUUUUAAAUUUUGACAAAUAAUCCUAAUAAUCGUAAACAACGUAAUUAACAAAUUAAUCAAAUAACACAAUCUAAUAAAAAAGUAAAUUAGAUUAAUUAAUUAGUCCAACAUAAAUGUAAACAAUGAACUCCACUAAGCAUUCAGAAAUUCAAAAAACUCUCACUUAAUCCAUUUCCUAAUUAUAGUCUAGUUAUUAAAAAUUUCAGCAACUUUAGCAAAAAUCCUAAAUAAAUCAAUCUUAAUCGUAAUCUUGUAUUUAAAAAUAAAAUAUUUAAAACACUGAAUUAUGCAUGAUUAAUUAACCUGCUAUGCUAAAUUAGUCAAAUUUACAGGAUAGAAGCUCUUCUUUAAACAAAAAUUAGGAAACAUUAGAAUCCAAACUCAGGCCUGAAAUAAAGGAUACAUAAAAAACUAAUUGCGUAUAAAAAAAGGAAACCUUGUCCCCCUUUUCAAAAGAUCCUUAAAAAAAGUAGUCCCAACAAGGACCCCCUUUACCAUAAUCUAGUUCUUAAAUAUAUUUAAGAAAUGUUUAAUGCAGAAGACAAGCAGCGUCUACAUUGAGGAAUUAGUAAAAGCCAAACAACUCAUUUUAGGAUAAGUACUUAAAUUAAAGCGCAAAUUAAGCAUAAAACAACAGCUUUAAUAAUAAUAGUAAUUCUGCAAUCGAAGCAGAUUAAAAAUAAUAAGUUAAGGGCAUAGUUACAGAUCUUAAUUAAUUUAAGAAAUUAAUAUCUCCUUAAAAUUUGACUAAAAGUUAGGCAUAAUUUGUGAAGAAUUAACCCAUCAGAGUUUUAUAAGAAUUGGCAGAUAAGACUCAUUCCCAAAAAUAAGUGUAAGAUUGUUUAAUUAUUUCGUAGGAAAGCCAAGGAUAAUGUAUCUUCAACUAGUUUUACAAUAGUUCAUAAACCCUCAACUGUAAAUACAAGAACAUUUUCCCCUGUUAUUAAAAGUAUUCAAUUAAAUUUAGUUUAAGAUGAACCAAAGAAUAAUGCAACCAAUGUUACUAGUGUUAGACACAAAAUUAGAAAUUCUUCUCCAGGUAUAACAUAUGUUAAUAUAUCUCAAGGAAUAUCAAAGGAUUAGGAUUAGUCAAAUUCAUUUUAAAACUUAUAAUAAACUUUACAGGGAAAAAAUAGUUGGAAGAUGCUUUGA